GCCUGCCUGGGGAAGGCCCCUGCCAAGCCACCUUGGUGGCGAUGCUUGGAGAUAUAUUUAAGUUCCUGACAUUGUGCGUGGCAUCCCACCCGGGCCGCUACCCGGACCGGCAGCGCGUGGUCCUGCUCGCCGUUCUGUGUCGGCUCAGCCUCGACAGGAACCUGGGGAAGCAGCUGCAGAUGGAGCUCCAGCAGCUGCUGCUGGUCCUCCUCGAAGGAGUCCAGGACUGGCAGGAAAAGCUUCCGGAGUUGUGCAGAUCCCUUUGCCACGUCUCGCAGCAUCAUCACAACUUGGUGGCCGUCGUGCGCGCCUUUGCAGACACCACAGCCCGAGGACGACAGCUGCGUGGAACCCUGAGCCUCUGCAUCAUCAUGAAGCUGCUGGGAAAGAUGCAGACGCCAAGACUCCACUGGCAGGACGAGGUCCAGUUGCAGCAGCUCAGCCGUCUCCUGCCCCUGAUGAAGCCGGCCCGUCUGAAGCAGAGCUUGUGGCAGGAGCAAAGGCGCCGGGGGCAGCCUGAGGGAGACCAGCAGGAGGCGCCGUCGGAGCUUGACCAGGAGGCCUACUACUUCUGCUACAGCCUCCUGACCCUGGCCAACGUGGUUGUGGGAACCGAGGCGGUGCCUUUGAGACAGCAGGGCCAUCUCCAGCAGCUCUGCGCCCUCCUACAGCAACACGUCAGCGCUGGCAUCAGAGAAGACCCCUGCCUGAUGUACCGGACCGAGCUCAAGGACUUGGCUGCCAAAACGUACAUCAAGUGGCAGGAGCUGCUCUCCCAGGGUUGGCUGCACAGCUGUCCCCAGCAGGGCCCGAGCAAAAGCAUGCGAAGGGAACCGUGGUGAAGCGUCCAGGAAACCAGCGCAGCGGAACGAAGGCGGGGGGGGGGCAGUUCAGUUGUGGCCCCCACCCUUUUCCCCCACCCCUUUCUCUCAUAAGCAGAAGCAAUUUAACUCUGGCUUUCUAACCCUUUGUUUUUCAAAAAAGCAAAGUUCUUGCAAGGGCUAAGCCAACAAUGCCUGCUAUUUAUUUAGACAACCUUGUGCCUUUAAGAAGCCCGGCUUUCAAAGCAAACAGUCAGGGAAGGAAUAUCCACCCCUCCCUGCACGCAGGAGGCCAAAAUAAAUGUCAUUUUUAAUGGA